UGGAUUACCUUGGAAAAAAGUUGGGACGCUGGAUUGCUACUGUUCACAAAUAAGAGUUUCAAAAAAUAUCUCAGAACCAAUGUGUGUUUUUCUCGUCAAAACAAAAAAGAAAGAAAGAAAGAAAUGACUAUGGUACAUACAAAUUUUAGCUAGGUCCAAAGAAAAUUUGAAGGUAAGUUGGGCAAGCCUCAGCUCUAAACUUACCCAUGGUCACAAUAUAGAGAAGCUCUAAUACGAGCAGAAGUCAAAACAGCCGGCCUAUGUCGUGAGCAUUCCCAAUUUCCCAUCCACCAUUCCUAAUAGUAAUACCCACCCCACCGACCUUGACGAUCCCUGAUUGUUCCCGUUCACGUCACCGUUGCGGCAACGGCGAGCACCAUCGCCAGCUUUCCAGUUGCUCCCGGACGCAACGCAGCCGCCUCCAGAUUUCUGAUGGUUCCUACUACUCUCUGCACUGACCAGUAAGUAGCCUCAGAGCUGCCAGAUGCGCUCGCCAUGGGCAAGGCCGGUGACGCUGAGCAGGCUGGACGCCGCCCUGCCCCGGCAACGAGUGAUGGCUCCGCUCUCCGUCGAUGCUCCCCCGCAAUUGGCAAAGCUCUCAGCGUCAAGUGCAUCAUCUCGCUGUUCAUGGCCAUCGGUGUCUUCCUCUCGGCCGUCUUUCUGCUCCUUCAUCUCCGGGCAUCAGGGAACAUCCCUGAUGAUCCUGGCAAACUCGUGGGUGAAAUUCAGGCCAGUUUCAUCUUGUUGAAGCCACCUGCACAACUGGCUUCACAUGCCACAAUGCUAGAAGAAGAGAUAUAUCGUCAAAUAGGAGUUCCGAAUAGUAAGGUUUCCGUUACUAUGCAGACACUCUCAUUCAAGGAUGUCACUUGUGUAGAAUUUGGCAUUCUUCCUGACCAAAUAAAUACCUCCAUAAGUGCUCAAUCCAUGCGUACAUUAAGAACAAAGUUGAUGCAACUUACACUUCAGCAGAUGAAUUUAUCUCUAACACCAUCAGUUUUCGGAGAUCCAUUUUGUGUGGAGGUGCUAGGGUUCCCAGGAGGGAUCACCAUGGAAGUCGAACUCCCACCAUAUAAUUCCAAUGUAUACUUUGUGCAGCCUAUUUUCAAUGUCACUCUUGAGAUGAGCAUUCACCAAAUAAGGGGGGUGCUUGCAGAGUUGAAGAAGAGCCUUGAACAUACCUUGGGUCAGGCACUACACAAGGGCAUAUGCCUAGAUGUAACAAAUAAGAAUGGCUCAACGAUUAACCCGCCAGUUACAGUGCAAGUUUCUCUUUCACCAGAUGACCGCAACAUUUAUGAAGAACCUCAGAGACUGAAACAGCUAGCUGAAAUCAUCAUAGAAUCAAGUUCAAGAAACCUAGGCCUAAACCCAUCAAUUUUUGGUAGAAUUAAGGAUCUUGAAUUGGAUCCAUACCUACAAAGCAUCAUUCCAUCAUUUGCUCCUAGUUCAUCCCCUACGCCAAUACCAUCCCCUUCCAUGCCUCCAUAUUCGCAGCCAUCCAAUCUUUGUGAACAUUGUUCAUGCCCUGAUUUCGUGACAAUAAUGAACACAGCCUUUCCACAUCGCAAGUUGAUGCGACUUCCACCCAUGGCAAUCCUUCUUCAAUUACCAACACGGCUUCAUAGCGGGAAAAUACCUUUGCACGAGAAGAAUGGCAAUGCAGUGGCAACACCAACGUUCAUUGCGACAUCAUCCCGACCGUAAUAUGGUACUUAUACAGUGACAGACUGACAUCCAACAUGUUUCAAGUUCCAAUUGGAACUCUCCGAAACCAUGCCCUUAGGCAGAUCAGAAUUUGCGUAUUAAGACUAUUCUUCAGCUCAUAUUACAGUGUAAAGCUUUAAUGACAUUCUGCUGGCUGUGCCAAGGUUGGAUGUAAACUAAUGUCCUAAUUUGUAAGAAAUCUCAGUAAAUUGUAAAUACAAAAUGAUCUUCAAAGGUGGAUAAACACACAAGGUCCAUGUAAAGUACCAGUAGCAGGUUACAGCUGCAAAGGUGGCUGGCCACCAUAUGCUCCUAGAGAUAUGUCCUUAGGUGUUUAUCCAUUCUAACAACAAUUUUUCCCUCA